AUGGGGGAGCUGGCACUGGCACUGCUGGCGCUCGCUGCCCUGCACGGGGCAGGGGCCACAGAGCCCCUGGAGAAUGACUCGGAGCCCGGGAAGAGCGGAACGGUGGGAAAGCCCUGGAAAGCCGCCCCCAACCCGGCAGAGCUGGACCUGGACACGGCAGGUAAAGGUGCCGAGUGGACGUCCUGGUUCAACAUCGACCACCGGGGGGACGGGGACCACGAGAGCCUGGAGGCCAUUCGCUUCUACUACCGGGGCCGCGUCUGCGAGCGGCCCGUGGCCAUCCAGGCCCGGACCACCGAGUGGGAGCUGCCCGAGGAGGUGGGCGAGGUGGUGCACGCCAGCCCCAAGAGGGGCUUUCGCUGCAUCAACAAGGAGCAGCCCCCGGGCAAGACCUGCUCCAAUAACAGCUUCCUCUGCCCGCUGGAGCACAUCUACUGGUCCCACUGGUCCUCGUGGAGCCCCUGCUCGCGCCGGGCCUGCGGCAGCAGCGGCACCCAGACCCGCGCCCGCCGCUGCCUCAGCGCCCGCCCCGCGGCCGCGCUCAAGGAGGUCAAGUGCAAGGGCAAAGCCGUGGAGCGCCGGCCCUGCAGCACUGGGCCCUGCCCAGAGCCUACCUGGACGGAGUGGGGCCCCUGGGGUCCCUGUUCCCGCAGCUGCGGCAGCGCCGGGACGCGCGUCCGGCGCCGGAGCUGCGAGGCCGCCAAGAAGACGCCGUGCCCCGGCCGCCCCACCGAGGUGCAGAAAUGUCCCCCCUCGCCCUGCCCAGCCUGCCCCGAGCACAGGCUGCAGGGCACCGUCCUCACGGGCGCCGGGGCGGCGCUGCCGGACGCCAGGAUCUACCUGGAGGGCUCCCCGCCGGCGCUGCUGGGCCGCAGUGACACCCACGGGCACUUCACCAUCACCGCGGGGCUGUGCCAGGGCAGUGCCAACAUCAGUGCCCCACCACGAGGGCUUCGCCCGGCGCUGGCACCCGUCACCUCCAACGGCACCGGCGCGGCCCCGGUGCUCCUGAGGCUGCAGCGGCUGGAGAAGCCCUACAUGGUGCUGCACCCCAGGGCGCAGGUCCGGGAGGCCGCGCAGGACGUGACCUUCUGCUGCAAAGCCUCGGGCACCCCCGUGCCCAAGAAGUACUACUGGUACCACAACGGGACGCUGCUGGACAGGAAGGGGCAGCAGCCUGGCGGCCGCCUGGCACUGCGGGGGCUGGCACCGGAGCAGGCCGGCACCUACCACUGCAAGGCCAGCUCCGAGGCGGGCGCCAUCCACUCGGCGCCGGCACAGCUCACCGUGCUGGCCCAGGGCCAGCAGAGCUGCCGCUCGGAGCCGGAGCCGAGCCUGGUGGAGCUGCCCAGCGAGUGCCCCCGGGACGCCGCCGGCUCCCGCCACUACAACGUGGGCCGGUGCCCGCCCUCCCCGUGCCCCGGCGGCCCCGGCGACCCCUCGGGCUGCGGGGGGGCCCCGGGGCACUGCUGCGUGCGCAGGAUGGAGCUGCGGGAGAUCCCCUGCGCCGGCUCCCUGCUGCCCGUCAAGGUGGUGGCCGAGUGCGGCUGCGGGCCCUGCGCCCAGCCCCGCGUGCUGGUGCAGGGCCGGGUGACGGCGGCCGACACCGGGGAGCCCCUGCGCUGCGGGCAUUUCCUGGGCGGCAGGAAGGUGGGAUUCACCGGCUACAAGGGCUCCUUCACCAUCGAGGUGCCGCCGGACACGCGGCGCCUGGUGGCUCGUUUCGUGGACCGACAGCAGCGGUUCCUGGACGCCGUCAAGGUCCUGCCCUUCGACCCCCGCGGGGGCAGCGUGUACCAGGAGGUGAAGGUGCUGCGGAAGAAGGAGCCGGUGGAUCUGGACGGCAGCCGGGGCAACGCCAUCCCUCUGGGCGAGGCGAGCGGCCGGGAGCCCAUCGGGGAGCUCGUCCUUCCCGCCGGCGCCUUCCUGCGCCCCUCCGGGGAGGUUUUCAACGGCACGGUCAGAGCCAGCGUCACCUUCCUGGACCCCAGGGACGUGGCGACGGCCAGCGCCGCCUCCAGCGACCUCAGCUUCGCCAACGCCGAGGGCGAGAUCGUCCCCCUGCGCACCUACGGCAUGUUCUCCGUGGAUUUCCGGGAGGGGGAGAGCGGUGCGGCGCUGCAGACGGGGCCGGUGCAGGUGCGGAUGGACACGGGGCAGGUCUGGAUGCCGGAGCACCUGCAGAAGAUGAAGUUGUGGUCCUUGAACCCCGAGACCGGCCUGUGGGAGGAGGAGGGGAUCCUCCGCCCGGCCGCGGGCAGCCGGCGGAAGAGGGAGGAGAGGACCUUCCUGGUGGGGAACCUGGAGAUCCGGGAGCGGCGCCUCUUCAACCUGGACGUGCCGGAGGAUCGCCGCUGCUUCGUCAAGGUCAGGGCCUACAGCAACGAGAAGUUCAACGCCUACGAGCAGCUGGAGGGGGUGGUCAUCAGCCUCAUCAACCUGGAGCCCCAGCCCGGCUACCCCUCCAACCCCCGCGCCUGGGGCCGCUUCGACAGCGUGGUGACGGGCCCCAACGGCGCCUGCCUGCCCGCCUUCUGCGACGGCCAGCGCCCCGACGCCUACUCGGCCUACGUCACCGCCACGCUGGGCGGGGAGGAGCUGGAAGCCGUGGCCUCCAGCCCCAAGCUCAAUCCCGGCGCCGUCGGGGUGUCCCAGCCCUACCUGGGCAAGCUGGGCUACCGCCGCUCGGACCACGACGACCCCGACCUGAAGAAGACGGCCUUCCAGAUCAACGUGGCCAAGCCCGACCCCAACAACGUCGACGAGAGCAACGGCCCCAUCUACUCGUACCGCAGCCUGGAGGAGUGCGAGCGGGCGCCGGCCAGCGCCAACCACCUGCGCUUCUACCGCGUGGAGGUGGAGAAGUACGAGUACAAUGUGGUGCCCUUCAGGGAGAGCGACCUGACCUCCUGGACCGGGGACUACCUGUCGUGGUGGCCCAACCCCCAGGAGUUCAGGGCCUGCUACAUCAAGGUGCGGAUCGAGGGGCCGCAGGAGUACAUGGUGAGGUCGCGGAACGCGGGGGGCACCCACCCCCGCACCCGGGGGCAGCUCUACGGGCUGCGGGACGCGCGCAGCGUGCGGGACCUGGCGCUGGACGGCACCUCGGCGGCCUGCGUGGAGUUCAAGUGCAGCGGGAUGCUCUUCGACCAGAGCCUGGCCGACCGCACCCUGGUGUCCGUCGUGCCCCAGGGCAGCUGCCGCCGCACGGCCGUGAACAACCUCCUGAGCGAGUACCUGAGCCGGCACCCGCCGCCGGCCGACAACAACCACACCGGCGCCUUCGCCAUGCUGGCCCCGCUGGACCCGCUGGGCCACAACUACGGCAUCUACACGGUGACGGACCAGAACCCGCGCCUGGCCAAGGAGAUCGCCAUCGGCCGCUGCUUCGACGGCACCUCCGACGGCUUCUCGCGGGAGAUGAGGGCGGGCGCGGGCACGGCCGUCACCUUCUCGUGCCAGGAGCGGCCGCCGGGCCGGGAGAGCUUCUUCCAGCGCCUGCUGACGGCCCCGGUCGAGGCGCUGGCCGAGAUCCGGCGGGAGAUGGGGGCCGGCGAGCUGCGCCGCGCCCCCCCCGAGGUGAUGGACUUCGCCUCCGGCGCCCGGGCCCCGGGCCCCACGCCCACCCGCCGGACCCCCAGCAGCCCGCGGAGGCCGGGCCGGAUCCGGGGCCGGCCCUGA